UAAAAGAAUUAUAAUUUCACAACAUGAACUAAGUCGUUUACAAACGUUGCUUCAAAACAGUCCAAAAGUCGUAAAAUGAUCAAGCUGUUAUCAGCAAUUGUUUUGCUUCUUGUUGUAGAAGUAAACUUCAGUUUUGCAGGAAAAAAUGUCGUCUGCUACUACGGAACAUGGGCCAAUUACCGAACCGGAGCAGGAAAGUUUACCGUGGAAAACAUCGACCCCGCACUUUGCACUCACUUAAUUUAUUCGUUCUUUGGGCUCAACGCUGACGGUACAGUGGCCAUUCUAGAUGCGUGGCUCGAUCUACCGGAUAACUACGGUUUGAACGCCAUUGGUAGGCUAAACAAGCUAAAGACGCUGAAUCCGUCGCUGAAAACGUUGGCCGCGAUUGGUGGAUGGAACUGGGGCUCGGCCAAAUUCUCGACGGUCGCCAAAAGUGCCACGCUGCGCAGCAAAUUCGCCACUGAAGCGCGAGCAUUCUGUCUAAAGUACGGUUUUGAUGGAAUCGAUAUUGACUGGGAAUAUCCGGCGCAACGAGAUGGAGAUGCUUCGGUGGACAAGGCAAAUUUCGUGCUUAUGUUGAAAGAUUUGAACACUGAGUUGAAAAAGUAUGGACUCCUUUUGACGGUGGCCGUUGGAGCUGCUGAAGGUUCUGCUUCAAUUUCUUACGACAUUCCCCAGAUAUCGAACAACGUUGACUUUAUCAACCUGAUGGAGUACGAUUUUCAUAUGGCAUCGGACGGAAUCACCGGAAACAAUGCGCCAUUAUAUGCCGGGUCGGCAGAUGUUACCACGACGCAAAAGCAACUCAACGUUUUCAGCAGUGUGCAGUACUGGCUUAGCAAGGGAGCACCGGCGGACAAGCUGAAUCUGGGAAUGCCGUUGUAUGGCCGAACUUUCACGCUGGCGAGUGCAUCUAACAAUGGAGUUGGUGCUCCUGUUACCGGUGCUGGAGUUCAAGGACCUUACACACAAGAACCAGGUUUCAUGGGUUACAAUGAGAUUUGUGAACGCAAGCUGACUGGAACGUGGACCGAAGUGUUUGACAACGUGCAAAUGGUUCCCUACACUUACAGUGGCAAUCAAUGGGUUGGAUUUGAUAACGUUAAGAGCAUCACGGAAAAGUGUAACUUUAUCAAAACCAACGGUCUGGCGGGUGGAAUGUUCUGGUCGAUUGAAACCGAUGACUUUCUGGGGAAAUGUGGUCCGAAGUUUGGACUAAUUUCCACUUUGAAAUCUUGCCUUGGAACUAGCACAGGUUCGGGCUCAAGUGGAACGACAACUACGACAACAACCACGACAACGAAGCCGGUUACGAUUCCUCCGAGUACGACGACCACCACGAAGCAACCCGUUUUUACUACGACUACAAAAGCGACUACUUCCGGUAGUUUCACGUGUACAACGACGGGAUACUUCAGGGAUCCAGUAGACUGCUCCAAGUUUUACUACUGCCAAGGAACUUAUCGUUAUGAUUUUGUUUGCCCAGCUGGUUUAUACUUUGUACCUGCUACUGUUGUAUGUGACUGGCCACAGAACGUGAAAUGUCCAUGAGUGUGAAAAAUAUUUGAAUAUACAUACUAAAUCAUGAAAGCUAAUUCAAAUAAAUAAAAUAUAGCGAAAACCACAA